AUGACCAAGAAAGGCACCAAGGGCAAAGAACCGUUGAAGGCAAAGGAUGCCAAGAAGUUAGUUGAAGAACAAAUGUUCGGUAUGAAGAACAAAGGCAAAAGCAACAAACUAAAAAAGCUAGCCACAGCUCUAGAAGCCUCCUAUACUAAAGGCAAGCCCAGACAAGAAGAGCAGAAAGUCACUCCCGAAGUCUAUGAAGUCCAUCAAAAGGUCCCAGUCGGUGUUGAUCCUCAAACUAUUCUUUGUGUUAACUUUAAGAACAAAGUCUGUAGUCAAGGCGAGUCCUGUAAGUUUAGUCAUGAACCAUGUACUGAGAAGCGUAUAGCUGCCAUUCUUAAAGCCAAAGAAGAGGCAGAUAAACUAUCCGGUCAUUCUAUUUCAAAAACAACCACAAAAGAUAACAAAGAUAACAAAGAUAACAAAGAAGAAAAGAUCUGUAAGUUUUAUAUUGAUGCCUUAAAAUCAGGUAAACAUAAUCCUAAAUGGGUCUGUCCUAAUGGUAAUAUGUGCCUAGAGAAGCACUCACCACCCGAAGGAUACUCCCUAAAAGAAGAUACAACUGAAGAACUAACCAUUGAAGAGUACAUUGAAAAUGAACGAUUUAAACUCCCAGACGUACAAACCCCAAUGAAUGAAGAGUUGUUUAACCGUUGGAAGAAGGAAAGAGAGCAACAGAAGUUAAGAGAGAGUAAAGAACAGGAAAGGAUUAAGGAAGGGAAUAUUAGGCUGGGUAAGAUAGUGCCAUCGGGUAAGGAUCUGUUUGUUUACAAGCCGGACUUGUUUGUGGAUGAUGAUGAGGCUUUGGAGUGUGAUUAUAAUGCACGAGAGGAAGAGAUAGAUAGUGAGGAGGAAGAGGUAGUGCAAGAUCUACAAGCUAUGAAAAUCAAAUAA